AUGGGUUUGUUGUACACCGCGGUGCUAGUGGUGGUUGCGGUGACGGUCGGUGGUCGUGCGCAGGACUACAAGGCUGCGGCGAUGGUGGAGACCGUCGACGAGGUAGAACCAGUGCGAGGCAGUGAGGACGGCACGGAACCGGUGCUAGUUUUUACGGUAUUCAGACAUGGCGAUAGAACACCCGACCAAGAAGAAAUAGAUAAGUUCCCAGCUGAUGAAAAACACGACAAUCUUUUCUUUCCAUUUGGAAAGAAGGCAUUAACAAAUAAAGGUAAACAGCGGGGCUACAAGGUUGGGGAGUUCCUCAAGGAGCGUUACAAUAAUUUCAUUUCCUCGUUGUAUCUACCUGACGAAAUUAAAGUACGAACUACAAACUACGACCGCACUAAGAUGACAGCCUUGACCGCAAUGUCCGCGCUGUACCCACCACUACCACCCCAAAGAUGGAACCCUGCACUAAACUGGCAACCAGUUCCGUAUGACACUCUUGAAUAUCAGACUGACGAUCUCCUUUAUUGGUACAAUUGUCCUCGUUACACAAAACUCCGAGAUAGCAUUUACCAAUUGCCAGAGGUAAAAAAAUGGCUGGAGCCUUACCAGAGUUUUUUUAAUUAUUUGAGUGAGAAAACUGGAGCUAAUAUAACUACAACCGAGGAUGUUUUCUUCCUAGAUAAUUUAUUCCAAACUUUGGAAAACGUUGGGGUGAAGCCACCUAAAUGGGCUCAGGAAGUCAUGCCCAAGAUAAAAGAGAUGACUAAAAUUGAAUACGCCAUAGAGUUUUAUGAUAACGAUCUAAUAAGAAUAGCGUCUGGUGUACUCUUAGGAGAUAUAUUGAAUGCAUCAAGAUCAGCUAUUGACGGCGACUUAGAACAACCAAAGCUACGUUUGUACUCUGCCCACGAAAAUAAUGUGGCAGGAUUAAUGGCUGCUGCCAGGGUGUUCGAACCUCAUCAGCCGAAAUACGGGUCUACUUUUUCAUUGGAAUUGAGGAAAAGAAACAAUACAGCCGAAUACGGAUUUUUGGCAAUUUAUGCUGCGACUGCUGGUGGUCCAAGCGUUGCCCUCCCCAUUGCAGGUUGUGGAGAUGAUCUCUUCUGCGACUUUGACACAUUUGUCAAACUAACAAAGGAUGUCGGUGCGACCGUGAAUAGCGGCCGCUUCCCGCGCGCUUUGCAGUGGGACGGAGCGGCGCGCGCCGAGCGCUUCCUGCCUCGCAUCGCCCGAACCGCACAGCGAACGACGCGCGACGCCGGCACCGACCAAAUGAAAAUGAAAGAGGGCGGUCGCGAGGAGGAGCCGACCAACGCGGCGGAAGAGGUGCAGGGCCGGCACACUGAACGCACUUGCUGUUGCCUCGGCGUGUUGGUGGGCGUCUCACUCAUUGCCGCCCUCGUUGCAGUGAUCCUGAUGAAAGACACCACCGUCGAGGUUACAGUUCUCAGGCAGGUGCACGUGUUGAUGUCGCACGGGGAGCGCACGCCUAGCGAGCGUGAGCUGGCUAUGCUGGGCGCCCCGCCGCCCGAUCAUGUGUUCGCGCCGUACGGUGCUGGCGCCUUGACCAAUGAAGGGAAAAUGGCGACUUUCGAAAUGGGCGCACUACUUAGGAAAAGAUAUAAUGAAUUCUUGGGACCAUAUUACGAAGAUGGUAAACACGUCGUGAUAACGUCGGACACAGAUCUGAGCAAGGUGAGCGCUCUGCUGAUAUCGGCGGGCCUUUGGCCGCCUCCGGCAGAGCAGAUGUGGAACGACACAAUGAACUGGCAACCCGUGCCCUACUCUUACCCACCGCGGGAUACAGACUACCUUCUAUACGAGGAGAAUUGUCCCCGGUACAAUCAGGAGAAGGAGAGAAUACUGCAGGCGUUCACGGAGGAGGGGCUGCUAGCACCCUACAGGGACUUUUUCCACAAGAUAGCGACUUUGACCAACACCAACUUUAGCACACCACGCGAAGCGUUUGACCUUAACAACCUCUUUAUAAUACAGGACGACAUCAAAGUCGCGAAUCCAAAGUGGGCAAAACAUGUUAAAAGAAAGCUGAUGGAUGUCGCUAGGAUGGAGUUUUCUAUGAUGUUCCAUAGCAAUCUUUUGAGGAAACUGAGCGGUGGCGCGCUCCUGCGAGAGAUCAUAGCUGAGUCGUCGCGGCGCGGUGCGGGCGCGGAUAGGCCCGCCCUUGUGGUUCGCACCGGCACCGCGGUGUCCGUGGCGGCGCUGCUGUGCGCGUGCGUCGCCCCGCCCCCCCGGCCCCCCGACCCCGGGGCCGCCCUCAUCAUAGAGCUGCACGAGAGGCUUUCGACUAAGGCGGAGGGCGCCGACGCGGCGAACAACCUCGCCAAGCGAUUCGGCUUCAAGAUAUAUUACUGGGACGAUGAUUCGGCUGAACCGCGGUUAAUAGAAGUGGUGGGUUGCGAGCCUUUCUGUUCGUUGGAGACGUUCAAACGUUUGACGCAACAAGUCAUGUCUUACGACUAUAAAGAAGAUUGCAAACUCACGCCAACCGCAAUCGACCACAAGGACAGUAGCAUAGUUGGUGCU